UGAAGUCCAUGUGAUAAAUGUAUUUCCGGUAGAGAGUGCUUCCUGUUUGAUCGCUGCUAGCAAGUCGUUUGUGUAUUUAUCUUUUCUCCAUCAUGUUUUGUCUUCUUUCACAUAUUUAUAGCUUUAAAAUGCCGCUUUGCUUCUCGUCUACAUUCUGUCAACAGCAACCGCUGUAUCGUCAUCUUGCAUGGAUACCAACAACCGCAAAUGAAGUGAAAUAAAGUGAAGCAAUCACUAAACGGGAACAAUUCUACUUUCAACAUAGGAAGGCGACCUCUAACAGAAACCAAUUAUUUCUUACACACCUUCUUCUUACGCUGUGGAAAAUGAAUAAAGAACUUUUCAACCAACUGGCAGCUCGUGUGGCUGGCAUUAAACACUUGAAGGUUAAUUCCCAUUUGAAAAUAACUGUAUUUGGUGUAUCCCUUGGAGUUGCACUUAUAGGAUUGCUCACAUUGCUGUUACGGAAAAAGGAAAAGAAGAAAAGACCCUCAGAUCGGAAGAGUACUCAAACAAAAUUAUCACGUUCAAGAGCCGCUGUAUCUGGUACAAAUGGAGAUGUUGCCUGGUCUAAGAAUUGUUCAAGUCCCACUUCAAGUCGCUCAUUUAUAAGAAAUAAAGCUUUGUCUGUGUCUAAUUCUAACUCAAGCUUGGCCUCGUCAACAUCAACACUGACCCAUUCUGUUGUAGAAACAACAGAAUUUACAGCUGCACAGCUCUGCCAGUUAGGGCUUGAAAAUUUAGACAUGGCAAUUUCACACUGGGAAGAUGCUUUAGCUAAACUUUCCUUUCUAGAUGCUGAAGAUUCUUUGGACCAAUUAGCUAUUCCGGACACAGAAACUAGUGUUUUGCAACAUCAGUUAGAAAAUUUGCUUGAGCUAGCACUCCGUAUGCAAGAUGGCUUUGAACGUUCAUGUGAACGACAAGCUGACCAGGCAGCUCUCGAAUCAGCACUUGCUGCAUUUGCAGAGAUUGACAGAAUUCGUUCAGAGAAGCAAUAUUCUACCGAUCUGGAGUCAUCUGAAGACCAAGAGUCUUUUGUUUCAGCAACUGACAUGGCUGACUUGACUGAUGUUGAUACUUAUAGAGAUUUAUUCAAACGACUGCCCCUAUAUGAAGCAGCACUUCAAGAACACAAAUACAAUGGGAUUGCCUAUCGCACUAUUCGAACGCAUAUGGUAGGUUGUUUGAAAGAUGCUGAAUUUCUUGCUAAACUGCAUUGUCUUCGAGAAGGAUUUAAUAUUGUUUUCAAAGACGUGGAAACUAGAAGAUGGUUACAAGAAAUGGGAUGUAACAUAAUAGCAGGAUUGUUACAGAAAGCCGAUAGGGAUACUGAAGAGUUCUACCAGGCUUAUCAAGAUAUGAUGGACUACAUCAAUGAUGAUAGCCAUCGGUUACAGAUGGAGGAAGAACUUAGAGAAAAAGGAGUGAAAAAAUGUACUUUCUAUGAUGUGUUCUUAGACUUUAUACUGCUGGAUGCAUUUGAUGAUUUAGAGAAUCCCCCGAAAUCUGUGGUUGCUGUGGUCCAAAACCAGUGGUUAUCUAAUGGAUUUAAAGAAACUGCACUGUCUACAGCUGUGUGGUCAGUUUUGAAAGCUAAAAGAAGAAUGCUCAAGUUCCCACAUGGUUUUAUAUCUUACUUUUAUUCCAUCUCUGAACUAAUUACUCCAGUUCUUGUAUGGGGUUUGCUUGGCCCACAAUCCAAUUUAAAAACUAUUUGCUGUGCAUUUAAGGAUAUAGUGUAUAACUUCAUCAAAGACAUCUUCAGCUUCGAAAAAGUACGAUUCACUACGCAAGAGGACAUGGGAAGUGACUUGUUACGUAUUGUGAAAGAAUAUGUCAGUAUUGCUGAAAAUAAGCUAUGUUCUGCAAAUGUAUAGCUUCUGUUCAUUUUAAUAAUGAACAGCCAAUUCCACAUAUAUAAAAGUAUACUCAUCUCUUGGUUGACCAGUGAGAGUUACAUAUAUGUGUAUAUAUAUUUAUAUAUAUACGUACAUACAGUUUCUGUGUGCGUAAGACAGCAUUCCUUUCAACAAAAUUCAGGUUUGGUACAACACUACUGGAAGUCACUUUUGACCAAACUGAAUUAGAACUAUUUUUUAUGAAGAGAUUGUUUUGUUGAGAAACAGAAUCUUGGUGAUUUUAAACUUAACCAGACUAUUACUCUAUAACCAGGUUAUUUCUCUUUUUUUUUUUUUUAAUUUCUCUACCACGUUUUAAAUUAAGAUUUUCUUCGUUUUGUUGGCAGUGUCUUAUUUAUUUCUGUGUUACCUUAGACUCUAAAUGAUCUUAAUAUGAUAUUCUAGAAUAGUAUUUUUAUGCAUGAUCACUUUCAAAUUAGUUACAUCAAUGACACUAGACCUAAUAUUAUACAGUCUUAGUCAAAAUAUUUUGUUUGCCUAGGUGAAACACAGUAGGUAUCGUAAGAAAGGGACGUUUUCUUACACUUUCUAUAACAAUUAAAAUGUGAACUUUUGAAGAAUUAUCCAACUAGCAUGCAGACGGAUGAAAAAUAUUAAGAUUUCACUUCAAUUCAAUCUGUGGAGAGAGGAAAAAGUCUAAAUUUUAAAGGUAUUUCUUAUAUUUACCUUUUCAGCAACAUUGUAUCCUGGUUUAAGUUUUAUUAUUCAUGAGAAUCGGUGAAUAAUUUUUUUUUUAUUCUUGGAAAGCUAAAUAAUUUGCUAGUCUUUUAAAAGAGAGGUAGCUGAUUAGACUUGUGAUUCCAUUGAAGAAUAUUUACAAUUUUUUUUUUUUUUUUUAAGAUAGUGUUUUAUUAUAAGCAGAGUAUAUUAUUCUGCUGGAGAAAAUUAAAGAGUUUGAUCUUUUAGUUGAAUCUAUUUGAUUGUGAUCAACUGUGAUAUCACAAGACAAAAUCUGGAAGAAAAAUUUAGUAGGAAAGGCAAAAUUUCAAUAUGUUCAUUGGAUACAGAGAAAGUAAUUUUAAGCUUUCUAGUUUUUCUGAUAAAAUAUAUAACCAAAGAAAUUUCUUCAUUUCAUAGGACAUUUUUAAAACACCUUUACCUUGCUUUAAGAAUGUGGUAAAUGGAGAAAAGAUCACAUUUUGAUUUACAAAUGUAAAAAUUUAGUCCUCAAUUUUUUUUUUUCAAAUCUUAAGUACAGAUAUGUCAUUUCACUUGAAAUCGAAGAACAUCUUAUGUAAAGCCCUCCUAUUUUGUGAUAAACAUAGAAUGUUUAAGAUGCUUGACAUUUAUCUGUUCGAUUGUACAUACAUUAUUUCAGAUGCAAAGUUUUAAUUUAUUUAUAACACUUGUUAACUGGAAACUUUUUGUCUGUCUUUGACAUUUUAAAAAUAUUCCCUCUCCUCUUCAACAUUCAGUCUUUAGGAUUGAAAUAAACAGGCUCCCUCAAGUAGUUUCCUCUUCAUUUGACAUUAUGAUCAGGAAAACAAUCUGUCAAACUCAGGAAUAUAUGUAUUAAAUAUAUUUCAUGAUAAUCUUUAAGCAAAUUUCCUGAAGAAAUAAAAAUUUAAAAAC